CGCUACAGACAUCUUAUACACAUACAAACGGUGCUCCACCGUAGUUUUUUAAAACAUACACAGAGUUUUGAGGGAGUAAGAUGAAAUUGCGGUCAAGGUGUAUUACAGAGGAGGAAUCGAGGGUACUUCGGCCCUGCAAUGGCAACCGUCGACGGCCAGCAGUGAAACUAGCUUCUUCGCCACAAAAGCCGAUUCUGGUAGAGAAUGAAGAGCCCCGGCUGCUGGACCCAUGCGACGUACUCCUUACCCCUGCUUCCAUCCCCGUCGCAAAGAGGCGCCGCAUGCCUCGGCUGGCGGGCAGGAAGAGGACCCUGGCCCUUGACGACAAGGAAGAUGUGGACUUCCGCACCCCUAUGCGCCACCAGAGGCUGAAUUCUUUAGCAGAGGGUCAGCCUGCCACUCCCCCGCCCCUGUGCCCCGCUGUCCGAAACAUCUACUCCCCCCUCGUCCGCUUCCUCACCCCCACCAAAGAGAAUGUGGCGUCUCCUCGGCCGGCCCUGAUGAGUCCGGAGCCGUUUGUGUAUGCCUUCGGCACCUGCUCCCCCGUCUCUGAGGAGGAGGACGCAGACGAAGUCUUCAGCCCAUUCACUUUUAUCAAGAACAUUCCAUCACUAUCCCAACACUCGAGGCCUACCAUCAAAGACAUCCCACCCAAGACUAGAAGCACACCUCAAGCCACGCUGGUCUUGGAUCUGGAUGAAACGCUCAUGUUCAGCUCCCUCAGCGUCAUCGAGGAUGCCCAGUACACGUUCUACACCAACUUCCAGGACAGCAAAUACAAAGUCUACGUUGUCCUGAGGCCGCAUGUCAAGGAGUUUUUGGAGGCCAUGGCGAAAAUAUUUGAGAUGUUCAUUUACACAUCAGCCAAGAAGGAGUACGCUGAAAAAAUUGUGGACAUCCUGGAUCCCAAGAGGAAGUUGUUUCGGCACCGGCUGUACCAGGAGCAUUGCUGCUGUGUGCUGGGCCACUACGUGAAGGACCUCAGCCUGCUGGAGAGGGACCCCAUGAAGACGGUCAUCCUGGACAACGCCCCUCACACAUACCCCUACCACCUGAUGAACAUGAUCCCAGUGAAGAGCUGGCUCGGGGACCAGGACGAUAAGGAACUGCAGAGGCUCAUUCCCCACCUGCAGAAGCUGGCUGAUGCGGAGGACGUUCGUGAGGUGCUGAAGAGGAGGACAGAUCACUUCCAUCGCCUCCUGUCUGAAGACUAGUCCCUCAAGGCUCUCCUCUCCUCUCCCCUCCCCUCAUCUCUUCUUUCCUCCUCUCCUUGCCCCCACUAUUCUGCUCUCCUCUCCUCUCCCCUACUGCCUCUCUCCUCUCUCCACCGUCACUGUCCUCCUUUCCGCUCCCCCACUGCCCCCCUCCUCCUCAUUUCACCUCUCCUCCUUUCUUCUCUGAUUUCUUCACCCUUUUCCACCUCUUUCCUUCUCCUCUCAUCCAUUCUCCUUUUGCCCUCUCCUCUGCACUCUCCUCAUCCCCCUCUCCUCUCUCCUCAUGCCCUGACCCGUUCUCCGUUUUGCACUCAUCCUCUCCAACAUCCUUUUCUCUCAUGUCCUCCCACACUGCACACAUGAAUGGACCUUAACCCAGUAGUCUACAAAGCCAAUGUUCAGGAGUCAGACCAGGCCUUGUGUCGUAAUGUCUUCUGAAUCCCGGAGCUGGUGCUCUGCUUCUUCAAUUGUAUGAGAUGACCUAGAGUUGACAGACUUCCCACAAUUCAUAAUUUCCUCUUUUCCACUGAAAUAAUGUUCAAAUUCUAGUGAUACUGACCUAUAGAACAAUGUUAAGGUUGAAAGUUAACGGUCAGUAGGCUGCUACAUGAAGCGAUUGCCACAUGCCUGUAUGUGAGCAGUAGAUGACCUACAAUUUGUGUAAAGCGAUACAUUUCAUCAUCGUCAUUGACCAUUUGGGAAGUGUCUGCAUUAACAGGCUUGUACAUGUUUGUAAUGUUUGUAAUUUUGCUGUAAAUAUUUAUUCUUCAUCUAAUUUUUAUUAUUGGUUUAAAUAGCCAUUUAUCCUUUUCAUGCAUAGUCCUGGCAUAAUUUAUACAAUAAAGACGCGCAUCCCUUA